CCGCGGCCGCCGCCGCCACCCGCGCUGGAGCGCUGACAUCGCCGCCUCCGGGGGGCUCACGGCGGCCGAGACCCGGCCUUCCUUUCCCGUGGGCAGCGCUCGGCGCCGCGCGUUGCAAAGCCACAACCACCAGAGCACCCUAGAAGGCUUACCGAAAAGAAUGCUCAUGUUUGAUCCAGUCCCUGUCAAGCAGGAGGCCUUGGACCCUGUCUCGGUGUCCUACCCAUCUAAUUACAUGGAGUCCAUAAAGCCCAACAAAUACGGGGUCAUUUACUCCACGCCGCUACCGGACAAGUUCUUCCAGACCCCAGAAGGCCUGACGACACAUGGAAUACAGGUGGAGCCGGUGGACCUCACCGUGAACAAGCGGGGUUCACCUCCCUCCGCGGGAAGUUCUCCUUCCUCGCUGAAGUUCCCAUCCUCACACCGGAGAGCAUCACCUGGGUUGAGCAUGCCAUCCUCCAGCCCACCCAUUAAGAAAUACUCACCUCCUUCUCCAGGUGUGCAGCCCUUCCCGGUGCCGCUCUCCAUGCCGCCCGUGAUGGCCGCGGCCCUCUCACGGCAUGGGAUCCGGAGCCCGGGCAUCCUGCCUGUCAUCCAGCCGGUCGUGGUCCAGCCUGUCCCCUUCAUGUAUACCAGCCACAUCCAGCAGCCACUCAUGGUCUCCUUGUCGGAGGAGAUGGAAAAUUCAAACAGUAGCAUGCAAGUACCUGUCAUCGAGUCCUAUGAGAAGCCUAUAUUACAGAAAAAAAUUAAAAUAGAACCUGGGAUGGAGCCACAGAGGACAGAUUACUAUCCUCCUGAAGAAAUGUCACCCCCUUUAAUGAACUCAGUGUCCCCCCCGCAAGCACUGUUGCAAGAGAAUCACCCUUCAGUCAUCGUGCAGCCUGGGAAGAGACCUUUACCUGUGGAAUCCCCAGAUACACAAAGGAAGCGAAGGAUACAUAGAUGUGAUUAUGAUGGGUGCAACAAAGUGUACACUAAGAGCUCCCACUUGAAAGCACACAGAAGAACACAUACAGGAGAAAAGCCCUACAAGUGUACCUGGGAAGGAUGCACGUGGAAGUUUGCUCGGUCGGAUGAACUAACGAGACAUUUCCGAAAGCACACUGGAAUCAAACCUUUCCAGUGUCCAGACUGCGACCGCAGCUUCUCCCGUUCCGACCACCUUGCUCUCCAUAGGAAACGCCACAUGCUAGUCUGAGCACCUCCGUCUCCCACCUCAGUGUCUCAGCAGCUCCGGUUCUCCUGGCUCACCUCGAUCGGCUCUCUCCUCCCUCCCAUUAUCUAACUCCGUUUUUACAUGUACAUUUUAAUUUUGAUUCAGCUGGUCUGGAUCUCUGAAUUUAUAUCAUGCAAAACUUCCAUAUGGUCAGUAGUAGAUAUUCUCUAAUCCUCCCUCUCCUUACCACGGGUCAGACCUAAAGAAUGUGAACUUUUUUUUUUCCCGGGGUUGCUAAGCAAACCCCUUUUAACAGAUAUGUUUAAUGUAAUGCGAACAAGGGAACAUAUAGACUAACCAAUUGUCAAUUUCUCCGUGUACUCCUCAAAAGAAUGUCAAAGUAAAUAUUGACUAUAGUAUCCAGCCCAUACCUCUGUGCCCCACCAUCCCAUUUUCUGCUCUGUAAGGGAAAGCAGGGUGGUCUCAGUCGCCCGUUAACCAAGUAUGCCAUCAAGACACCAGCUCUGCCAUUUGCCGCACUUUCCAUCUUGCCCAUCAACGACCUGGACUACCACUUCAUCUAGAUCAAGUCCAUAGCCCAUCUUUGUGCCUCAAGCUGAUGCAGAAGGCGUUGUCACCACUGGGAGGUGAGCCAGAGCUGCUAAUGUCGCAGGUUUCGGACAGUUCAAAGGGUGCAUGCUGUGCUUCCAAGCAUGGAGCAGAAGCAGAAGGGCGCUGUGGGGAACCACUGGCGAUUCCUCCUGGCCAGGGAUUGUCAGAGGGGCAUCACACAUUGAACAGUGCAUUCGUCACACAGUGUGUUCGAGUCUCCAUCCAUACUCAGCUGUGCAGAACAUGCUACAAAUGGAGUCGUCCAACCUAGUGUUUCCUUCCCUAGGCUAUGUCUUCUGUAUGGAUCAUCAAGCAUUGGAAUCCACCAAAAUAGCUGCCUGGUAGCAGCAAAAAGAUCUUUGAGGUCAGAGUCUGGAUGGUCUUUCUUUCGCCCAACCUGCUUACAGCUUUUUUUUUUUUCCUUUCAAACAGGGAAACAUUGAGUGGUACUUGUAUUCCCAGAUCAAACCAGUCACAUAGCUUUUCUAUGAAAUGCUUCUGUGUGAGCUCUAAGGUGCCAAACUGGCUAUAUUUUUUUUGUGUUCCUAACACAUAUCAUAAAUGAGUAUUUGCUAAAGCUUCAGGAGAUUUGUUCAAUUAGACCUGAUUAUACUCUUUGUAAAUAUAUCUAGUGUAAAGCACAUAUAUCUUUAUUUUGAGGACAGAUUUUUUUUGGAAAAAGUAGAGAAAAACCACAGUUCAGGGAUUUAUACAUGUAGCUUAAAAAUUCCCUAAAGUUUACUGCUAAAGCUAUUCAUUUUCUGUCGCUAUCAAGAGAACCCUAUGAGAAGACCAAACUGAAAAUAAUGACUCGUGUUUCUAUUGAAGAUUAAUAGCACCAUUAUUGGGGGAUGUUUUUCAAAAGCAGGCUUUUGAGCAACAUAGUCUAAAUGCUAAUUAAAAUAAUUCACACACAGAAAUGCUUUGGUCAUAAGUUUGAAGAAAAGAGAGAAGAGGCAACCAUUGCAUAUAACCAAAUGCCCCUUGAGUCCCUUCACAAAGGAUAGAGGAGAAGAGAUUCAUCCCAGCCUAACUCAGGAUCCAACACAACCUUCACUGGGAGAGGGAUACAUGACUUGUUUGAAAAUGUCAAUGAGGCCUGCAAGUUGAGGAGCUUUCUUUUUCCAUUUGGCGGCAUUGGGGGUUGAACUCAGGGCCUUGUGCUUGCUAGACAAGCGCCCUACCACUUGAGCUACGCCCCUAGGCCAGGAGCUUUCUUUAGUGGCACUAUGUUAAAAGGUUGUUGGGACUGUACUCCUGAGAAGUCAGUCCCCCUCAGCCCUAUGUGAGCCAACUGGAAGGAACUGUAGGUGAAAGUUGAGAAAAGAAAUGUUAUCUUAGCACUUGGGUUUCUUUUCUUUCCUUUUGUAGCACUGUUAAGUUUUGUUUCGAAUGUUAAAACAUGCUGACUGGGCUGCUUUCCACUUUGCAAGUAUGAGUGAUGUGAACAGAAGAAUAGAAGCGGCUCUUGGGAAAGGCAGGUUUCCUGUGUGUUGGAAAGGUUUAGUCUCUUUCAUACCAAUGUGUUCAUGACUUCCAAUGCUUCUUCUAUGUCACAGGGGAGAAUCAAGUUGGAAUGCAAGGGAUUAUUCUUGUUUUAGUAGAGACAAGCAAUUGAUGUGUUCUAGCCCAUAUAGAAAAGGCGGGGAGGGUGUGAGAAAAGCUAGAAUUUAUUUCUGAGUCAGCUUUGCCUCUGAAUGUAGUUAGUAGCUUCCGUAGUUCUGAAAUUUGGAAUUUGCUAUGGCCCAUUCAAAUGUUGUUGAAAAGACAGCAUGACAAUACUGUUCUGCUUGCUUAGAUUGUCUUAACCAUUUGUAAACAGAUGAUUUGAACUCAAAGGCGACCUGAGAGGCUCUUCUCGGUUGCCAUGCUGGUCUGGUUUUCUUCAGUUACCAAUUGGCUCUUACCAAAAUUCCCAUCCAUCCAUAUAUAUACUAUGACAACUGAGAAAGACUCGGUCAUUUUUAGCUGUUAUGUGAAGGCCUCAGAACCAAGAUAAAAUGCCCUUAAAAUAUGGUUUAGUGAAUGAUGUGCCAUAUAACUUACCAAUGGUGACUUAACUGCACUAUCUUAAAUUGACAAAAAAAAUGUGUAAACGUGAAGUUAGUUUAUUCAAUUUUUUUUACGUGUCACCUUGGAGAAGUCAUAAAAAUGUAAAUCUGAAUCUAUCCUAUAUGUUAGGGUCUUAAAAUGUGAAUUGACAUCAUAAAUCAGUGGGCAUUAGCAUUCUAAACAGCUUGGGGAGAAUGCUUGCGACAUAGCUGUAUUCAAUUAAGGAGCUGCUAACUACACAGAAGUUUCAAGAGCCUUGGAACAGAAUCACAGGAACACUCUGUGGGUAUGUGUGUUUUAUUAAACCAGUCACCUGCACUCUCAGUAUUGCACUAACACUGAGUUUGAAAGAUUAUAUUGCUGAUACUGUAUAUCAUCAAUAAAUCAUUCCUGAUUAGAUUAUUUUAAAAGACAGUUCUCAAAAGGUCUAAGAUUUUUGGAGUAAUUUGGUUUGAAAAUAACACCAUUGUUUGGGUUUUUUGUUUUGUUUUGUUUUUGAAGGACAUGACAUGAAGUCACUCAGAGUUGUCUUGUUCUCUUGUGGGUCAAGGUUAAUUCUAAAUGAUUACAAAUUCACUUAAUGCAUUUACAAAGCCAUCUUCCCUGCAUUCAAUGAGGGCUACAACAUGUUUUACAAAUACUAGCACUUUUUUUUUCUGUUGUGUACUUAGUGUUGAGGGUCAAAAUAAUCUUUCUGCUUUGCAUCUCUUAAAACCAUACCUGCAAAUAUAGCAGGAUUUAUUACAUUUACAGUACUUUAAUACUUGUAUAAACUAUGCAGAAAUUUUUAAUAAAGUGUAAUAUAUUUUAUAAGCUAAUAAGACUGAAUGGGUAAAGGUUUUUCGCAUGCAUUAGUAUACUUGCAAAUACUGAAACAUUUUGGUAAUCUUUCUUACUAAAGAUGUGAAUGUUUAAUGUACCUUCGCUGUUUCUACUCUGUAGUCCAAUGGGAAUUCAGUAAUGACAUUUUGUCAUGUCAAACUGUGAACAUAAAUUUGUACUGUACAGUCCUCAUAUACUAUAUACAGUAUGCAAUAUAUGUAUUAUAUACUUGUUAAUAAAACCAUCAGAAUAUUA